CGGAGCGGAGCGGAGCGGCGCAGGGAGGUGCUGGGGAGAGGCAGGCAGAGCCCCGCCGGCCGCCUGCGGCUCCGCGCCCGUCGUGCUGCGUCUCCGGGCUCCGCGUACCUCCGCCUCCGCCCAGGCUCCCGCCAAACUUUUAUUCUCCGGCCCCCACCCCCCCACCCCGGGGUGUCUGAGGGACUCGGAGCGCUCGGCCAGCUCUGCGCUCCCCUGCGGCGGCGACCGAGGGGACGUGCAUCCCUCGCCCGCGGGGCUCUAGCGCCUCGCGCCUCCUCACCGGCCGAUCGCAGCCCCGGAGCAGCGAGGGGGCACACGCAGAGCGGCCGCGCGGGCGCCAGCGCCCCGGAACUCUCCCGCCCACCGCGGCAGACCCGCCCGGCGCGCAACUUUAACUUGAUUCCUCGCUUCCAGCCCCGGCACCCGCGACUGCUGCCGCCGCCGCCGGCGUCUCGGCCGCCGCCGCCUCACAAAGGGGCGUAGGGAGGGGAGGCGGCGCGGGCGGCGGGCACAGGCGUCGGUGCGCAGGGCGCGGGCCUCCGGGCCGCCGAGGCCGGGAGACAAAAGGGAAACUGCCUCUGUCCGCCUUGCCGGCUCCGAGUGCCUGCUCGUCCGUCUCCCGCCCCGCACCGUGAGCCUCCUCCCCCCCAGCCUCGGCUGCUGCUCCGCCUCCCUCCCCGCGGGCUGUCCCCGCAGUGCUCCGGGACCCGCCGAGUCUUCGGGGCGCGCGUCGCUGCUGGUGGUUGGGGCUCUAGCGAUAAUAAAUGAUAGAGGAUACAAUGACUUUGCUGUCUCUACUGGGUCGCAUCAUGCGCUACUUCUUGCUGAGACCCGAGACGCUCUUCCUGCUGUGCAUCAGCUUGGCGCUGUGGAGUUACUUCUUCCACACGGACGAGGUGAAGACCAUCGUCAAGUCCAGCCGGGACGCCGUGAAGAUGGUGAAGGGCAAGGUGGCCGAGAUCAUGCAGAAUGAUCGACUGGGGGGGCUCGACGUGCUGGAGGCCGAGUUUUCCAAGACCUGGGAGUUCAAGAGCCACAAUGUGGCCGUGUAUUCCAUCCAGGGCCGGAGAGACCACAUGGAGGACCGCUUUGAAGUUCUUACGGACCUAGCCAACAAGACGCACCCGUCCAUCUUCGGGAUCUUCGACGGGCACGGGGGCGAGACAGCAGCUGAAUAUGUAAAAUCUCGACUCCCAGAGGCCCUUAAACAGCAUCUCCAAGACUACGAGAAAGACAAAGAAAAUAGUGUAUUGUCUUACCAGACCAUCCUUGAACAGCAGAUUCUAUCAAUUGACCGAGAAAUGCUAGAAAAACUGACUGUAUCCUAUGAUGAAGCAGGCACAACGUGUUUGAUUGCUCUGCUGUCAGAUAAAGACCUCACUGUGGCCAACGUGGGUGACUCGCGUGGGGUCCUGUGUGACAAGGAUGGGAACGCCAUUCCUUUGUCUCAUGAUCACAAGCCAUACCAGCUGAAGGAAAGGAAGAGGAUAAAGAGAGCCGGUGGUUUCAUCAGUUUCAAUGGCUCCUGGAGGGUCCAGGGAAUCCUGGCCAUGUCUCGAUCCCUGGGGGAUUAUCCACUGAAAAAUCUCAACGUGGUCAUCCCAGAUCCAGAUAUCCUGACCUUUGACCUGGACAAGCUCCAGCCGGAGUUCAUGAUCUUGGCAUCAGAUGGCCUCUGGGAUGCUUUCAGCAACGAGGAAGCUGUUCGAUUCAUCAAGGACCGCUUGGAUGAACCUCACUUUGGGGCAAAGAGCAUAGUUUUACAGUCAUUUUACAGAGGCUGCCCUGACAACAUAACAGUCAUGGUGGUGAAGUUCAGGAAUAGCAGCAAAACAGAAGAGCAGUGAACCCUUUGGGGUCUCAGCUGCCUUAGACUAAAGGACUUGCAACACACUGGUCUCUUUUAAUGUAGUGAAAAGUGUGGAAGUUACAGUUAGGAUCAUCCAUCCCAGACAUGGGGUUCCCCAUCCCCGGCUGUCUUAAGUCUAUGUGCCGUGAUGAACAGAGGGUGCUCUUGGCCAAUGUAGUUGAGAGGCUGGAAAUGGUUUUUUCGUGUUUUCCCAACUCUUUCAUCCAAUGUUCAAAAUAUAUAAAUAUAUAGCUGUAGAGUCACAUGUAUGAAGUGAACGGCACAUGUGCCAUAUAUUCUCCUUUUAAGAUUGUUUUCAAGAUCCCUUACAGGGCCCUCCAGGCAUCAGACUGUGUGUCCUCUCAUUGGAGCAGCGAGCAGGGCAGGCCUCCCAGGAGAUGCUGCAGUGUCACCGAUGAGUCAGAGCCGAUGUGGCCACGCCCUUUGCUGAGUGGCAGAGCUGUCCUGAGAAUGCUUUGUCCUCCUGAGCCCAGGUUUUCCGCUCUGCAGCAGCCCAGAAUCAGAUUUGGAAAUGGUUUAUUAUUCCAUGGCCGCUCUUGGAGGCUGAGGGAAGUGGGGAGGAUGAGAGCCGCUUGCACGGCAGAGGCAACCUUUUCCCCUCCCUCCCUUUAUUAGUUAAAUAGACUUUGUGUACCACCUGA